AUGGGGAACUAUGCGCCAAUCGAAACUACAGAAGAAGUAGAGAUCGAGUGCGCUGCAAACCCUAUCAUGCCAAAUGCAGAGGAUACAUCCCCCAUCCGACUAGAGUGGAAUUCCCCAAUGAACCAAAGUGCGAGCAAUAGCGCCACCACUCCUCACUCUCCUUCAGGAAAUUUCGGAACAGACCAAGAUUCCUUGCGACCGCUAACCGAUCCAUUGAUGGGCAUUAUUUCCGGGAUCAACACAGCCACAUUCACUCCGAACAAAACCCCUCCUUUGUACUUCGGCGAGUCAUUUGAUAAUAUGAGUUUUCCGUUUGACGCAUCAGUGCAACAGUCUUCAGAAAUGGGAGAUCACUUUUCUACGGACCAACCAUAUCAAGUACACAUGAUCGAUGUACCAACUUUUACCCCCAGCCGCAGUUUUUCGGAUACCUCAGUAUUUAGGAUGACAGGCCCUGAGGUAUCUACCCCUACAUUACCAAACGGGUGGCUGCAGAUGCACGGGGCCAUUACGAGCCAAGUCCAGUUCGUUACUACCCAGGUCAAAUCCAUUGACUUUGAAAAUUUUCACCAAGCGUGGCCCUUUUUACACGUUCCCACUUUUGCUCCCGAAAAGCAGAAUAAUCUGCUGACAAGUGCGAUGGCCAACCUAUCGAUGUGGAUGCAAAACGCCAACCGUCACCAUUUAGUUCCGUACGCAAUCAACCAGGAACUAACGCGGGCACUAAUGCCCACGAUAACGGGAGAAGCCUUAACAGAAAAGCCAGCGACAGAUAUACCAUUACCAACCCUACAAGCAUUGGUCAUCACCUUGAUUUAUGCGAUUCUUGGAAAUGCACCUGCUUCUAGUUUGAAUUGGGCAGCACAGUGGACUGACAUUGCAAUAUCUACGUUGCGACGACUCGGAGUCUUGGAUAAUCAGUGGCAUCCUGAAGAACACCUACAAUCUGCUGAUCAGCAAUGGGUGCAGCUUGAGGAGAUGAAACGGCUAGCAUACGCGGUUUUACGCAUUGAUACCUAUUUGUGCAUCAUUCUUGAUCGCCCCCCUACCAUGCGUUAUCAAGAGUUCGGACCAUCACUGCCCGUGUCAGACAAUAUGUGGCGAGCAGAGACCAGGGAGGACAGAACCAAUUUCCACUGGUACGAACCAGCAGGUAGAACGAAAAGUGCAUUUUCUACAAUGGUCCGCGAUGGACUCGAGUCACGGGGGUUCAUGACUGGGUAUCUUCGGAUGCCUCACCUAACCCUUGAGGAUAAUCAUUUCAGUCUCUGUGCGUUCUUGUCGGAGCUGUGGGCUGUUUCGAAAGAGGUACACGAAGAACAUCAUCGAAACUACCGCUCACCGGAAUUGAACCGCACCACAGACCGAGUCGAGCUUUGGAAAGGCUAUCUUCAAGACUGGCGAGUCCACAUUGAAGAGACCGAUAAGCUCGAAAACGCAUUCUUUGGGGAAUGCAUAAGUGACUGCAGCCAUUUCCUCGGUCUCGACCUUACACUGUACCACCUUCUUUGUCUCAAGCUGUAUGCCAAUAUCCGGUUGCUCGAGCACAAGAAAUGCUGCUCGGGUUGCCAGGAAGCCAAUAUCGAUAAUGUCAUCAGUAUCUGGGCCCAAUCUCCCGCCGGUCGCCAGGCGGUUUACCACGCCGCUCAACUGAAGCGCAUCUAUGAGCGUGAGAGCAAUAUGUACAAACCCAACGACCAACGCCUGUGCAACGUGCUAGGACCGGCCGGUUUAUUGACCAGUGCUAUUAUUCUCUGCACCUACAGUGCCAAAGCGUCCGGAGGUAACAUGCCGCCUGAGGGCGACGCCGUUAUGACACCGCCGGGUGAUGCAAUCGAGCUGGGUCAGUCGAAUUUGGUCGGCACGCCUGAAUUCGAGAAUUGGAUCUCCCAAGGUGGCUCUGCGACGGUGGAUGGGGUCUUCUUGCAUCCUUUCUCGGUCCCGCGCUUCUCGUCCUGGCAUCGCGAUCGGUUAGAAGCAUGUCCUCUCUACUCGUCGCGGUUAGUCGCCUUCCUACUCACAUUAAAAUUCUGA